GAGUGUCCUAAAGCAUUAGGAUAUGAAUGUCAUUUUAGUCGAACGCCGGCCUCCCUAGACUGAAUGCGAGAACUGGGAAGCGGGAACCCGGAGUCACCUCACCUUGGAGUAGAGGACCGGAGCCCUAGUUCACCACACUGAUCUGUUCGCAGUCGCAGUGCCUAGGCUCCCUCUGCGCUCUCCGCUCUCCGCUCUCCGCUCUCCUGCUAUGCCCUUUCCUUUUUCUGUCUCUUUUGCACCGCCACUGCCCCCAGCUCUUCUCUGGCUCUCUCUUCAAACUCCAGCUUCUCUUUCAUAUCCGAAUUUGACGAAGAGAUGAGUUCUUUCUCCAUUACACGGAAAAAGACACCUUUCCAGAAGCACAGAGAGGAGGAAGAGGCAAAGAAAAAGAGAGCAGAGGAUGAAACAGCUCGUUUAUAUGCGGAAUUCGUGGAGUCAUUUCAAGGGGAUACCACACCUGGCUCGAAGGCUUUUGUUCGGGGAGGAACAAUCAAUCCCAAUGAGAGAUUAAAGAAUGAUUCUGAAGGUGAAAAGGCCAAAGAUGGGGUAUCUGUUCCAAAGAAGGGGAGUAGGUAUGUUCCAUCUUUUAUACCACCACCUCUGGCAGCCAAGGGAAAAGAAUCUGACAGGAAGAAAGAGGAGGAGAAGACAAAGGAGAAAGAUAAAGGAAAAACACGAAACAUAGAUCAUUUUAUGGAGGAGCUGAAGCAUGAGCAGGAAAUGAGGGAGAAGCGAAAUCAAGAACGUGAACAAUGGCGUGGUGUGCGCCAAAAUGAUAAUUCUUCUUUGUCUAGUCGUUUUGAUGAGCUACCUGAUGACUUUGAUCCAAGUGGAAAGCUUCCUGGGUCAUUUGAUGAUGGAGAUCCUCAAACUACAAAUCUCUAUGUUGGGAAUCUUUCACCUCAGGUUGAUGAAAAUUUUCUCUUGCGGACAUUUGGAAGAUUUGGGCCUAUUGCUAGUGUAAAGAUAAUGUGGCCUAGGACAGAAGAGGAACGGAGGCGACAAAGAAACUGUGGUUUUGUAGCUUUUAUGAACAGAGCUGAUGGACAGGCUGCAAAGGAUGAAAUGCAAGGGGUGGUGGUUUAUGAAUACGAACUGAAGAUUGGAUGGGGUAAAUCAGUUGCUCUCCCAUCACAAGCACUGCCUGCUCCCCCGCCGGGACACAUGGCUAUUAGGAGUAAGGAGGGGGCCACUGUAAUCUUGUCUGGUCCAUCAGGUCCACCAGUCACUUCUGUCCCAAAUCAGAACUCUGAGUUGGUUCUUACUCCAAAUGUUCCUGAUAUAAUGGUUAUUCCACCUGAGGAUGAUCAUCUUCGUCACAUGAUUGAUACAAUGGCUCUUUAUGUUCUUGAUGGGGGAUGUGCUUUUGAACAAGCUAUAAUGGAGAGAGGUCGGGGAAAUCCUCUUUUCAAUUUCUUGUUUGAGCUUGGAUCUAAGGAGCAUACUUAUUAUGUUUGGAGACUAUAUUCCUUCGCUCAGGGUGAUACUCUUCAGAGAUGGCGAACGGAGCCCUUUAUUAUGAUAACAGGAAGUGGGAGGUGGAUGCCACCCCCUCUGCCUGUGGCAAGAAGUCCAGAGCAUGAAAAGGAGUCUGGCACAACAUUUGCUGCGGGAAGAAGCAGGCGUGUGGAGCUAGAGCGAACACUGACUGAUCCACAAAGGGAUGAAUUUGAGGAUAUGCUACGUGCUUUGACGUUAGAGAGGAAUCAGAUAAAGGAAGCUAUGGGUUUUGCAUUGGAUAAUGCAGAUGCAGCUGGAGAGAUUGUUGAAGUUCUAACCGAAUCUUUAACCCUUAAAGAAACACCUAUACCUACUAAAGUUGCAAGGCUCAUGCUUGUCUCUGAUGUUCUUCAUAAUAGCAGUGCUCCUGUGAAGAAUGCAUCUGCAUAUCGCACCAAAUUUGAAACAACUUUACCUGACAUAAUGGAGAGCUUUAAUGACUUGUAUCGUAGUAUAACUGGAAGGAUUACUGCUGAGGCCCUUAAGGAACGAGUUCUUAAAGUUCUACAAGUGUGGGCAGAUUGGUUUCUGUUUUCAGAUGCAUAUGUCAAUGGUUUGCGGGCCACUUUUCUUCGGUCUGGGAACUCUGGUGUCGUCCCUUUCCAUUCUAUAUGCGGUGAUGCUCCCGAAUUGGAAAAGAUAGCAAGCUCUGAAGAUAUGGGUGAUGGGGAUAAGAUUGACCAAGAUGCUGCAUUAGCAAUGGGCAAAGGAGCAGCUACAAAGGAGCUGUUAAAUCUUCCGCUGGCUGAGUUGGAAAGACGUUGCAGACACAAUGGACUAUCCCUGGUUGGUGGCAGAGAAAUGAUGGUUGCACGGUUGCUUAGUCUGGAAGAAGCGGAAAAACAGAGGGGCUAUGAACUAGAUGAUGACUUAAAGUAUGCACAGAGCCAUGCAAGUUCAAGUAGAUACUCUAGUGGUCGAACAGAAACAAAUAUUGAAAAGGAGCAAGUGGGAUUGUUGGGAUGGAAUCACUAUGGUGAGGAUGAGAUUGGGUCACAAGCAAAAGCUUCUGUAUCUUUGGCCCCUGGUCUUCCAGUUCCACAGCCUGAACUGAAUGUCUUUGAAAAGAAGGCAAAAGUUGAACCCAUUCUGCCUGCUUCUAAAUGGGCCCGUGAGGAUGAUGAGAGUGAUGAUGAGCAAAAGAGAGGUGUUAGAGGUCUGGGAUUGAGCUACUCCUCGUCUGGAAGUGAGAAUGCUGCUGAUGCUUCUGGUAAGGCUGAUGAGUUGGAGUUUGCAUCUGAAGCAAGCAUUCCAUCGCACUCUGAUAGUGGAAUGAAUGAAGAGCAGAGGCAAAAGUUGAGACGCUUGGAAGUUGCUUUGAUACAAUAUCGUGAAUCUCUUGAAGAGCGAGGAAUUAAAAGUUCAGAGGAAAUUGAAAGGAAAGUUGCAGUUCACAGGAAACGACUUUUAUUGGAAUAUGGGCUGUCAGAUUCUGGCGAAGAUGUUCCAUGGAGCAAGAGAUCCUUACAGAGGAGGGACAGGAAAGAUGACGUCCGUGAGUCUUCAAGAAAGAGGCACCGUAGUCAGAGCAGAAGCGAGAGUCCACAGCGCAAGUCAUCAAACAGAGACAGGGAGAAGGAAAAUGACAUGGAUAGGGAUCGGGAAAGGCACCGUGACAGGGAGAGAGACAGAGACAGAGCUCAUGAUCUAGAAAGUGAAAGGGGAAGGGACAGUGGAAGUAGAGAAAGGGAUGAUCACGACAGGGAUAGAGGCAGAGAUAGGGACAGGGAGAGAAGAAAACGAGUGAAGUGAGUUUCAUUGGAUUGCAUUGCACUGAAGGGCAACUCAGUCACUGCAAAUGAAGGAUGUUCAAAUCUGAAUGACCUGAUUAUUGUCUCAUGUCUUCCAAAUUGGGAUGGGAUGAUUUGACAAUGGAAAAAACUGAUAUCAUUUGAAUUAAAGGUGGAUUUGGGCUUUUGAGUACUAUCUGUGGCAAGCUUCUAUGACAGGAAUAUGUCAUUUACCAGGAAACAUCUCUUCAGAGAAAUUCUGGUUCACGUCAUCCUAUACUGUCGCAAGAUGUAGUUUGUUUAUGUAGGUUACGAAUGACUUCACUGUGCUCCAAUGAUUAAAUGAUCCAGAGUGUAUUAAUGUUGGUUAUUUAUGUUGGUACUGAAGAAUUCAGUUUUUUGUGUAACUACUGAAAGAAGCCCCUUGUGUACCAUUUUUUCUCUCCCUCGUUUUGGGUGAAGAUUCAGCAUCAAUCUAUAGUUGGUAAAUGUUCUUAAAAA